AUGGUCGUACAGGAGAAGAGGAAAAUCACUAAAGAAGUGCUUUUAGAACUUCGCAAGAGCAUUAUAGGCGAUCAAAAUAGCAAAUUCAUAAUCUACAAAGAACAUAGGGACUUGAUAGAGGCAGUCAUCGAGUAUGAUAGACAUCUUUCUUUGAAAUUAGAUGUCCUAUUAAUAUUAGCGCAUUUGGAUAAAGGGAGCUGUAAAGAACUUGGGAGACAUGGUACGGAGCUGUUUGUGAGAAUUUUAGGGAUGGAGAUUCCUAAUGAUUCCGAUGUCGAGGAUAUAGCGAAGUACGUGAAGCUUAGACGGAUAUGCAUUGAGAAUUGUACAGAAGCAGAGACUAACGAACAGUUUUUCUUCCAGGAGUUCUACGACAACGAGCCUUUGAACGUCUUCAAGGCCUCGGCCGACCAACUUGUGAAGACAGAUGAAGCUGUAUACAGGGAUAUCGUGAUAGAGUAUAUGCGAUACCUAUCGACGUUGCCGUUUGUUAUAACAAGUCCCGAGCUUGUUUCUGUUCUCAGGGAGAUAAUAUACUUUUAUGUGGACAAGUACUUACCAACGGUGAACUUCAAGUAUACGAUGGUAACAUCAGCAAAGGAACGGUACGAAGCGGAAUGCGAUGUGUUUUAUGACCCCAACAAUACUAGUGCAGAGCUAUUGAAGAAAAUAAACAACUAUAGCAGUGGUAGUAGCAGUAGUGGAAGUUCAAGCGCAAAUAAACAGCCGUGUUUCGACUCUUUGCCCCAAUGUAUGACAAUUUCUGAUCCUUUCGAUAUGCAACUCAUAUUUGUUUUAUCGAACUUAUUAACUGUAUUGCAGUCCGGUGGCACGGGGCAGUUUGCCUUCUUAGCAGAUAUAAAAAUUAAUAUAUUCUAUGCUUCUUUGGUAAGGCACCCCGACAUCAGGUUAAAGACAUCGGCCCUAUCAUUCUUCUACUGCCAACUGGGCGAUUCAUGGUUUGCUGAAACUAGAAAAGAUGAUUCGUCUUCUUCAACUAUCAAUAACAGUUCUCCAUUCCCAAUAAAGUUGUGGAUACCCACUCUUAUAUCGACACUAAAUGAACCGGAAUUACCUCAGUUCUUUUCCCCUUUAGCGAUUCUUUCAUCACUAGCAACAGAGUUUACGAUCCCACAGAAACCAGAAAACAUAGUAAUUGACACAUUCUUUGAUUCCAAUCUUUUGAACGGGAUGAUUGAUACUUUUUUGAGACUUUUGAGCAUGGAAAAGCAGAACACCGAUAAACUUCAGUUACUAGCUGAUUAUUUAAAGUUCUUCUCUGAGAUAAUUGGGAAAGACGAAAGGUGCAGACUUUUGUUCUUGGAAAAUGUUUCCGUGUUACAAUACAUGGAGAAUGCAUUCAGCUCUCACUUGCUAAUAUUAAACAACUUCCGUGAAGAUUGGCCACAAUUAAAAAAGCUGGCACCAUUGCCAGCACUUUUUGACUCCGAAUUGGUCACUAACUGGGCAAAAUGCCUAAAGGCUUGUUCAAGAAGCGUUGGUGUCUUGAGAACUUCAUUAAAGAGGAACAAACUUGCAGAAUACACCUUAAAACUAGCAAGGGAAGUGUACGAAAUAGUGUCGAGUACAUAUACGGGUGAUAUUUCACAUUUAUUGUCCCAGGAAUUGGUUUUACUAGGAGAAUUAUUGGGUGCAAUGUCAAAUUUCGUAGUCGAAUUCUCGUCGCUAAGAACUUUAAUGAAGAAGAACGGUAUAAUUGAAUUGAUAAAAAAUAUCUUUGCAGAUCCAGUUUUCAAUACCCAAUAUUUAGAUCGGGCUGCCUCCCAACCAAUAGAUUAUUCGAAGGCUAAGCCUGUAACAUUAUUCCAGAAUGAGCCAAACAUUUAUUCCCAGAUUAUUGUUAUUCAAACAAACUCCUUGUGGGUUUUAAGACACUUGAUAUAUAACUCCGAGACAUGUGACAAACUAGAAUUAUUAUCUGAAAUUGAUCUAGAAUCAAUUCUACAAUUCGUUCAUUCCACAGACCCUAGCGUGUUAAACCAAUGCUUCCAAUUAUUGAGAAAUCUAACAUGCAAUUCCAGGAAAGUCAUUAACAUGAUUUUGGAUAAAUUUAAGAACGUCAAUGUCCAAACACCUGACAUUAAUGACAUAAUGGAUACCAGCUCGAGAAGUGGGUCCCUUGGUCAUGGAAAUAACUUUUUGAAGUUUUUGGCAUUCAAACUAAGAACCGUAUUGUACGACGACAGUUAUUUCGGUGAUAACAAGAUAGCUGAAGCGCUACUAUACAUAGUAGUAAACUUCACUGCUAUAAACGAAAACAAACGAAACUUAGUUAUUGCCCAAGACGACCUUUUGAACAUUGUUAAGGAGUACAUAUUAGUGGAAAAAAGUGACGAAAUCACGAAAGCGUGUCUCUGGAUAGUAACGAAUUUGAUUUGGGACUCUUCCAUUCAAAAUGUGUCCUACAAUAAUAGCCUUUCAGAAAGCGGAAAUCCACAUUUCGAGUCAGACUGGGGCCUGCACAGUGACAACAAUCCAAUUCCAACAAGAAAUGAUGAUCCCAUCGCAAGAAUGCCUUUGAGUAGGCAGGGCUCUGGCAUGCUGUAUGACCAAAACGGAAACACUAUCAACGAUGAUAACGAUGACGACGAAAACAAUGAAGAAGAAGAAGAAGAAGAAGAAUUAGAUGACGAAGAUCUGGAAUCUAAACAAGACGACGAUUCAAUGAGUAUCUACAAACACAUUUUAGAAACCCAUGGAAAUACCCCUUCUGGGGCACCUUUGAGUCCAGCUUUUAUCCGCUUCAAGAAACUAGAUAGCUUAGGCUUCGAUGAAGCUGUUAAGAAGAUUUUGGACUGGAAUGGUGAUCUAGACGUCAAAGAACGCGCAAAAACACUACUAUACCAAAUGGAAACUUUCAGAAAAUCUUCCAUCCCAGCACAAGCAUAA